AUGGCCUAUGACCGCUACGUUGCCAUCUGCAAACCCCUGCACUACGGGACCCUCCUGGGCAGCAGAGCUUGUGUCCACAUGGCAGCAGCUGCCUGGGGCAGUGGGUUUCUCUAUGCUCUCCUGCACACGGCCAAUACAUUUUCCCUGCCCCUCUGCCAGGGCAAUGCCCUGGACCAGUUCUUCUGUGAAAUCCCCCAGAUCCUCAAGCUCUCCUGCUCACACUCCUACCUCAGGGAAGUUGGGCUUCUUGUGGUCAGUGCCUGUUUAAUCUUCGGGUGCUUUGUUUUCAUCGUGCUGUCCUAUGUGCAGAUCUUCAGGGCCGUGCUGAGGAUCCCCUCUGAGCAGGGACGGCACAAAGCCUUUUCCACGUGCCUCCCUCACCUGGCCGUGGUCUCCCUGUUUCUCAGCACUGCCGUGUUUGCCUACCUCAAGCCCCCCUCCAUCUCCUCCCCAGUUCUCGACCUGGUGGUGGCUGUGCUGUACUCAGUGUUGCCUCCAGCACUGAACCCCCUCAUCUAC